AUGGAAAGAUUGGGUGAUGAUGUAGUUGGCUUGAUUCUCAAAUGGGUUGAAAACCCUAAGGACAAAAAAUCAUUCUCCGAAGUCUGCAAGCAAUGGUACAGAGUCGAGGGUCUGCACCGAUCAUCUUUACGGGUUUUGGAACCCAAUCUUCUUCCUAAUUUCUUACCGAGAUUCCCAAACUUAGUCUCAUUGGAAUCACCAAAAUUGAUCACCAAUGCCCACAUCAAAUUCAUCGCCAAAACUUGUCCCAACAUUGCAGUUCUCAAUCUCAACUACCAAAGAACACGAGGGUUCGAUGAUAUACCAGGUUUGGACGAUGUUGAUGGUUAUGGUCUAUGCGAGAUAGCAAGUGGGUGUCACAAUUUAGCUGAAGUGUAUCUGAGGAGGAGAUGCCAAGUUGGGAAUUUUGGAGUCAUUUCUCUUGUUAAUAUGGCUCGAAAUUUGACGAGUUUGGAUUUGGGUGGAUGCAAUAGGAUUGCUGAUGAAGCCCUUAAAGGUAUUGGGAAUGCAAAUUCAUUGCAGGUUCUGAAUUUGGGAGGUUGUUGGUUAAUCACAGAUAGGGGUUUGGCUUUGUUGGCAAGUGGGUCUCUGUCUAGGACUCUGCGAAAAUUGGUUCUUGAAGAGUGUGAUCGAAUUACAGAUUUUGGGGUAUUGCAUUUGAGGGAAAUGUGUUGUUUGGAGGAGUUGAAUAUGGCACACUGUGGAAGGAAUGUGACUGACACAGGGGGUGUGGCGAUUGCUGCAAUUCAAACUCUCAAGAGAUUGCAGUUAUCGUGGUGGAUUAACAUAUCCAAUGCUACACUCGUUGCUCUUGCUCGGAACUGCCUGAAUUUGGUGGCGAUUGAUCUGACUGGUUGUGAAUCAAUAACGGGUGAUGGAAUUCGUGCCUUGGCAAAUCAUCAGUCUAUGGAAUCUCUUGUGUUGGCUUUUUGUCACAACUUUAAUGUGUAUGAUCUGCAACAUAUGGUGCUUGGAUGCCGCACCUUGAGGUUCAUUGUGCUGGACAUAAGACUGAGAAAAUGGAUCCCUAUGACAGUGCAAGAGAACAUUAGCAAACUUUGUAGGUUAGAGUGGAGGUGA